CAUUUUUCUAUUCUCUCUCUCUUCGUGUCCCAUUUUCCCCCAUUCUGUGCAGAGAGUGGUUGGCGACAGGGAGGGAGAGAGAGGGAGCCCAAAAUCCUCCUGCAGUGAAGGCGAAGCAGGAGGUCCAACCAUGGCCGCUGCCGCGGCCAAUUGCUUAUCCUACUCGUCAUACUUCUCGGCUCGUCAAUCCCCUAGACGUCGAAGCAGUUCAUCGCUUUUUUACUCGUGCUUUCGUCUAUCUGGAAUCACUGCGCCAAAAGGUGGCUUCUCUAUCCGCUGCUCCUCACCCUUAUCCCCCAAUGGUAGGCCAACAGGGAGAGAAUCCGAGAACUCGGCGGUCAAGGAGGAGAAGCAAAUUACGGAGGAGAAGCGGAGGUCUGAACUUGCUUCCCGCAUUGCCUCCGGGGAGUUCACCGUCCAGAAAUUUGGAUCGGCGUCAAUGCUGAGGAAUGUGCUUUCGAAGAUUGGGCCGUCUGGAAGGUUUUUAGUGGAUCUGUUGGUUAAAUUGGGCGAUGGCGAGUACACGGAGAUUCCUCAGGCCCAGGGGUCAUUCAAGGCUGUGGGAGGUCAGGCCUUCUUCAUUCCUCUUUACGAGCUAUACCUCAUCUACGGCGGUAUCUUUCGUCUCACCUUUGGGCCCAAGUCAUUUUUGAUAGUUUCUGAUCCGGUACUAGCUAAGCACAUUCUUAAGGAUAACUGCAAGGCUUACUCCAAGGGCGUUCUAGCCGAGAUUCUUGACUUUGUCAUGGGGAAAGGAUUAAUCCCAGCUGAUGGCGAGAUAUGGAGGGUUCGGAGAAGAGCAAUUGUCCCCGCGUUGCAUAAGAAGUAUGUGGCUACCAUGAUUAACCUCUUUGGGCAAGCUUCAUAUAGACUCUGUGAGAAGUUGGAUAGAGCUUCAUCAGAUGGAGAAGAUGUAGAUAUGGAGUCACUUUUCUCACGGCUGACCUUAGAUAUCAUUGGGAAGGCUGUUUUUAACUAUGAUUUUGAUUCUUUAACACUAGACUAUGGAAUUGUGGAUGCUGUUUACACAGUCUUGAGAGAAGCAGAGCAGCGAAGUACUUCCCCAAUACCAACUUGGGAAAUUCCAAUAUGGAAAUAUAUCUCUCCAAGACAGCAGAAGGUCACAAAAGCUCUGAAGUUGAUCAAUGACACUCUUGAUGAACUGAUAGCAAUAUGCAAGAGAAUGGUUGAUCAAGAGAAGUUGCAAUUUCACGAGGAGUACAUGAACGAGCAGGAUCCUAGCAUUCUACACUUUUUAUUGGCAUCAGGAGACGAUGUUUCCAGCAAGCAGCUCCGUGACGAUUUGAUGACAUUGCUAAUAGCUGGACACGAAACAUCUGCGGCAGUGCUUACAUGGACUUUUUAUCUUCUUUCUAAGGAACCCAAGGUUGUGGCCAAACUCCAAGAAGAGGUUGAUUCCAUUCUGGGGGAUCGAUUUCCAACCAUUGAAGAUAUGAAAAAAUUAAAGUACACCACUCGUGUGAUUAAUGAAUCUUUGAGACUAUAUCCUCAGCCACCUGUGCUGAUUCGGCGUUCUAUUGAGGCUGAUCAGCUUGGGAUUUAUCCCAUCAAACGAGGUGAAGAUAUAUUUAUUUCCGUAUGGAACAUCCAUCGUUCUCCUGUGCAUUGGGAGAAUGCUGAAAGUUUCAUUCCUGAAAGAUGGCCUAUUGAUGGACCGAAUCCAAAUGAAGUGAAUCAGAAUUUUAGCUAUCUUCCAUUUGGUGGAGGGCCACGAAAGUGCGUUGGAGAUAUGUUUGCAACAUUUGAGAUUGUGGUGGCAACAGCGAUGCUGGUACGACGUUUCAACUUUGAAAUGGCACCCGGAGCGCCUCCGGUUGAAAUGACAACUGGUGCAACUAUUCACACCACCGAGGGUUUGAAGAUGACAGUCACGCACAGAUUCAGGCCUCCUGUUAUUCCAUCCCUGGAGAAGAUGACACAAAUAAAUGGAGAUCAGCCACUGCCACCGGACACUUGUCUUGAAGGUGACCACACAGAUGAAGUAAUUGCUGCUUGAAUCUGAUUU